GCCAGACCUCGAUGUUUGAAAAAAUUCUGAAUGUUGAAAAAACAGAAAGCCGUGUAAAUCGUGCACUUUUGAUGCACUCUUGUAAGUAGAUUUUUGUUCCUAAAAGUGUCGACAGGGGGCAAAUGGUGAUUUUCGUUGAUUAAUCGCUCCAAAACAAUAAAUAUCCAGGGAUUGUUAAUAUCUCCAGUAAUAUUGCCAAGAUUAUUGUCAGGUCUUAGUAGAAAGAAUCAUUUAUUGUUUCUGAAGUGAAGAUGGGUGAAAGAUAUAAUAUUCACAGUCAAUUGGAGCAUCUCCAAUCUAAAUACAUCGGUACAGGCCAUGCAGAUACCACAAAAUUCGAGUGGAUGGUGAACCAGCACAGGGACUCCUGCAGUUCUUAUAUGGGUCAUUACGAUCUACUCAAUUUCUUCGCAAUCGCUGAAAACGAAACCAAAGCCAGAGUCAGGUUUAAUCUCAUGGAAAAAAUGCUGCAGCCCUGCGGACCACCUCCUGAGAAACCUGAAGAUUAAUCUAAUAUUACUUUUUUUUUCAUAAUCAUUAAUUUACUCAACCAAUAAUCAAUUCAAGGGCGAUAAGGGAGGUAUCAAUAAACAAUUGAAUAGUUUUUUUCGUA